AGUCUGUGUGCAGGACAGGGCUAUCAGCUCAGGGAAAAGUUAAAAUCCUCAAGGAAUUAGAAAAUUUGACCUAAAAGAAUGUCUAACUACAGAUUACAGAUCCAGUUAUUCCAAGAAUCCAUUUGGAAAUAUUUGCCUGGGGACCAGACGGGUGUCUGACUACAGAUAUGGUAAUUCCAAGAAUGCCUCCCUUAAUCUAACCUGGGGAAAUGACACAGAGCACCAAACGAUGACCUGCAUUUGACACAGUUCCAGUCAAAACUACUCCAGCCGAGAGGGAGCAAAGUCUAUGGAGCAGAAAGACAGACAGUCAGGUAGUAUGACCCGACGUGUGGCAGUGAUCGGGGCGGGUCCCUCAGGUCUGACCAGCAUCAAGAGCUGUCUGGAUGAGGGUCUGGAGCCCACCUGCUUUGAGAGCAGUGAUGACAUCGGGGGGCUGUGGAGGUUCAAGGAAACCCCUGAGCCGGGCCGCACUAGUAUCUACCGAUCCCUGGUGGUGAACACCUCCAAGGAGAUGAUGUGUUUCAGUGACUUCCCUAUGCCAGCUGACUACCCCAACUACAUGCUGCACUCCCAGCUGCUGCAGUACUUCAGGCUCUACGCUCAACACUUUGACCUCCUCAGACACAUCACCUUCCAGACCAGCGUGCUGACCGUGAGACAGAGGCCAGACUUCAGUCGUUCAGGCCAGUGGGAGGUGGUGACAGAGAACAGGGAGGGACAGGAGGAGAGACACGUCUUUGACGGGGUCCUGGUGUGUUCAGGACACUACACACACCCUGUCUCACCGCUAGACCAGUUCCCAGGCCAUGAGUCGUUCCCUGGCCGCUGCCUACACAGCUGGGCGUAUAAGGAUGCUGAUGCAUUCCGGGGGAAGAGGGUGGUGGUGGUGGGGAUCGGGAACUCUGGAGGGGACAUCGCUGUGGAGAUCAGCCGGGCUGCAGAGAAGACCUUCCUGAGUACCCGUAAGGGGGCGUGGGUGAUAGCUCGUAUGUCCAGUAGCGGUCUCCCUCUGGACAUGAUGGCCAUCUCGCGGCUCACCGCCCUGCUGACCUCCCUGCUGCCCAGAGCGCUGGUCAACUGGGCUGCAGAGAGAACCCUUAAUCACCGAUACGACCACCGCCUCUACGGCCUACAGCCCACACACAGGCUGCUAGAGCGGAAGCCGCUGAUCAACGAUGACCUCCCAGGCCGUAUACUGCAGGGGGCAGUAGUGCUGAAGCCAGACCUGAGAGGGUUCCAGGGGUCCAGACUGCUGUUCCAGGAUGGAACCGCGGAGGAGGACAUUGAUGCAGUAGUCUUCUGUACCGGAUACAAUGGGACCUUCUCCUUCCUGCCCCCGUCACUAUGUCCAGGACCUGGGGGGGAGCUCACGCUGUACAGACGGGUGUUCCCUCCAGCUCUCGAGCGCCCCACGCUGGCCAUCAUGGGUCUGUUCCAGACUAAAGGACCCAUCUUUCCUGCAGUGGAGAUGCAGGCCCGCUGGGUCGCAAGGGUCAUCGCAGGGUUGACCCAGCUCCCACCACAGAAAACGAUGCUGUCCAAAAUCGAGAUGGAGACAAAGAGGAACAUGAAGAGUUACCCGUGUCCCAGACAGGCAGCUCUCCAGGUGGAUUAUAUACCAUACCUGGACUCCCUGGCUGAGCAGGUGGGGGUUCGUCCCAACAUCCUAGGGCUGCUGCUGAGGGAGCCUGGUGUGGGGCUGCGUGUGCUGCUGGGGCCCUGCACCCCUUACCAGUACCGUCUGAGAGGGCCAGGAAAGUGGGACGGGGCCCGACAGGCAAUCCUCACUCAGUGGGAGCGCGUAGCCCAGCCCUUCAGAACCAGGCUGGAGCCAGAGCCCCCCAGGCCCCGGGUCCUUCUGUCCCCCUGGCUGAUCACCCUGUCCGGGGGAGCUGUGAUGCUAGCUGUGGUCCUCUCCCAGUGUAAACUGACCUCAGCUCUACAGGACCUACUACAGGACCCAGCUCACCUGCCGGACUGGCUCUCAGCACUACUGGGGGGCUCGGAGUAGAAACAGCCUAUAUAGGAACAGAUCUAGGAUCAACAAUAAUACUCUAUAGCCUCCAAUAUGGACCAGGCUCUAUCUAGCCUCUGCCAAGUCCACAACAACUGGACGUUCCGGUUUUCAGGGGAAAUGGAAAGAGAGCCUGAGACGGGACUUCCACUUUUGGACAUUAACAAGUCGACACUCCAUCUUAACUCCUCCUCCACAUUUACUGGAUUGGUUGAACAGUGCAGAAAAUAACCUACCCCAACUGUUUUUUUUUCUUCUCGUUAGGUUAGGCUGUAUCUGACCUAACAGACUGCUUUCAUUGUCUUACAAAAAACACUCUAUGGUGUGCUUGCUGAAAGCAAGACCACUCGUACUCUUAUUUAAUUUCUUCUGCAAGCUCUAGCGCUUAAAAUGCUUAAGCUAUUAACAUGAAACCAACUUUAAAAUGUGCAGACUGCC